CGUAGAUACGUACAUAAGAGCAAGUGAUCGAGCAUGUCUGCAUGUCCAUCUCUUACCCUCUCCUGCGACAACCUCUCCUGCAACAUCUGGUUCUGCUGCGGCAGUGCCAAAGAUCCUGAACCUUAUCCGCCGACGCAGUCACAUGUCGUGACGGCGCCGCCGCCUGCUGUGCAAGCGCCUUAUUAUGAGCCGCCGUCAGAAUUGGUGCCUCCUCAUCAGGUGUCGCCGGCACGGGCGCCGCCGCCUGCUAUGCGAGCGCCUUAUUAUCAGCCGCCGUCAGAAUUGGUGCCUCCUCAUCAGGUGUCGCCGGCGCGGGCGCCUCAGACGCCGUCAACGGUGACGACUCCUCAUGUGCCCGUACAACCCUUCAACAGGGCGCGUGAGCCGCCGGCGCCUGCGGCGACACCAAUUCCUGCCGCCGUGCCAUCCAAAAGAUGCGAGCCGCCUCAGCCAGCGCCUCGUCCGCCGGCGCCGCCCAACGAGACGCGUGAGCAGCGGGUAAUGCCAUUGCCUGCCCGCCUGCCACCCAAGAAAUACGAGCCGCCAACGCCGCAAGCGCCACCGCCUGUUACUGUCACGUCGCAACCGUCGUCUGCGCGGACAACAUGGCCUCCCCGUGUAAAGUCCAAGACGUACGACGACGCCGGCGUGCCACCGGCCGUGUCGUUGCCGCCUCCGUCGACACCAACAGCUCCUCGUGCUCAUGGGUCACGAUACCCACCGGCGCCUCACCCUCAUCUCGGCGACACUGAGCCCCGCAUCGAAUCUUAUUCGCAAGCGGCAAGCCUCCAUCAAGAAUACUAUUAG